AUGUCUUCUUCUUCUUCUUCUUCCAAACCCCGAUUCGCCACUCCCCUCCCGCAGUCCCCCCGCUCCGACGUGCUCGAGUGGAAGUUCCCCAAGCCGCACAGCCACCUGGUGCUCACCGGCCGGUCCCGCGCCGCCUGGCACACGUCGUUUGUGGUGCCGUCGCUCAACCUGCUCCUGGACGCGGGCCUCAUCGUCAACAACCAGCGGCCCAAGCACAUCUUCCUGACGCACGGCCACAGCGACCACACGCUGCUGGCGCCGGCCUUUGUCAAGCGCGACGACCCGCCCGACGUCUUCUGCCCGGCGCAGAUGCGCGACGCCCUCGACGACUUUGUGCUGGCCAAGACGCUGCUCAACCUGGGCGGCGAGAUCCGGGCCGACGACGCAGAGGCCCGGGGCCUGGCCGUCGACGACGAAGCCGUGCUUGCGCGCAGCCGGCAGCUCGGCCGCACGCCCUCGGCCACGGCCUUUCUCAGCACGCACAUCACCCACGGCCUGCGCGCCGGCGACACGGUGCCUCUCCGCCGCGCGCAGGCGCAGGGCAUCGCCGCCACGGCCUUUGCCUGCGACCACACGGUGCCCUGCCUGGGCUACGUCUUCCACAAGACGACGCAGCGCCUGCGGCCCGAGUUCGCCUCGCUGCCCGGCCCCGAGCUGCAGGCCCUGCGCCGCGCCGGCACCGCCCUGACGGCGCCCUUCACGGCCCCCGUCUUCGCCUUCCUGGGCGACACGACGGCGCGGACGCUGGCCGCCGAGCCCGAGUGGCUGCGCCGCGAGAUCCCCGUCGUCGUCACCGAGUGCAGCUUCUUGUAUGCCGAGCACGAGCCGCAGGCGGCCAAGACCAAGCACACCUUCUGGCGCGAGCUCGAGCCCGUCAUCCGCAAGUGGCCCCGGACGACGUUUGUCCUGACGCACUUUAGCAUGCGCUACGACGACGCCGAGAUUGCGCGCUUCUUCAACGAGAUGCCUGAUCCGCCGGCCAACAUGGUUGUCUGGGCGGAUCUCGAGUGCUGA